AUGGCUAACAGCAACACCGUAUCGUCGACCUUACCGUCGAGGGACUACCAUUGCAAGGUUUGCGACCUUUAUUUGGACACUGUUGAUUCUUUAGAAGUGCAUUUACAAUAUCACAAAGAAAAUUUAUAUGUAAAAUGGGGUACGCAAAACUCGCAAAAUGAUGCUGAAAACAACAACGGUACAAAAAUAAAGAACGAGACUACAGUUUCAGCUCCAGCAGAUUCGAGCGACAAUAUGAUUACUAAACCUAGUCCUGAGUUUCAACAAAGAGCUACGCCGGAGACUUCUACACAAUUUCCUCACCCGGCUACACCACAGAGCUACCACAGUGCACCAUCGCCGUACCAGAAUCCUGAUCAAACUACAUUUUCUCCUGGAGCGCAAUAUGGUAACAACUAUUCACAUUCAAGUUUUUCACAAAAUCAGCAUUCCGAGCAAAUAAACUGGGAACAAUCCCAAUAUAAUCAAGACUAUCAACAAAAGUCGAAUCGCUUCCAUCCUUAUAAUAUUCAAGAUCGUGUUUCGCAAGUAUCAUCAUCAAGCCCUUUGUAUGGUCAGCCACUAAAUCAACCAACUCCAUCUCCGUCGCCUAAUCAGUGUGAUAAAUGUGGCUAUGUAUGUGAUUCUGCUGUUCAACUCAAUGAGCAUUGCAAUUCGGCUCAUGCUGGUUCAAGUGCGACAAAUGCAACAAACACAAUCGCAUUUCAACAAUUUCCGGGAAAGCAAUUUAAUAAUUCGAACUACCAAAAUGACAACAUCAAAGUGAAAGAAGAACAUGAAGAGUCCUCGGAUAUACUAGAUUUAGAUUCUCAAAAGGUUGUAUACCAAGGAAAUGAAGGUGAGGCACAAAAUAGCCAAUACGAAGAAACACCAGCACAAGGAAGAGAAGUUAACACAAGAACUGUUCCUAUGAUGCCAUGGGAAACACAAAAGCUUUAUAAUAAUCCUCAAAUAAAUGGUGAUGUUUCACUUUUCAAAGAUCAAAAAAUGUUUCAAGAACAAAAAACAUAUCCGUCAGAUGUAAAAAUAUUUCAUCCCGAACAAAAGUUUGCAUACUCACAAGACAAAUUUUUGCCAGUACAUCACGAUCAGAAUCAAUUUAUGCACGUUGGUCAAAAAAUAUACUCUGGUGUACAAAUGCCACCAUUAACGGACUGCGUGGGUGUUGUAGCAUCUUCCAAUUCUGACAUGAAACCUCCAUACAGGCCUUAUGAUUCACCUAGUGCUCCGCAAAUUACCAGCACACAGCCUGCGAAUCCUACGUCAUCAGCAUUACCAUCAAUUGGUGGAAAAGGAGCUAACUGGAAAUCGAAUGAAGCCAGAAGACCCAAAACGUACAACUGUACAGCUUGCAAUAAGUGGUUUACUAGUUCAGGUCAUUUGAAAAGACAUUACAACACAACCUUACACAAAAAUGCUGUGAGGUCUUCAGGGCAACCAGAUCCAGCUACAAUGCCAAUAUCCAGUCACCAUCAUCCUACGCGUGAGUCGUUAGCUCGCGCGCAACAACAGAGCGCAGACUCCAACACUCAAAGCCCAGUCCCCUCUGACGACAGCCGAGGCGUCGACGACGGUGCUCUGCAGUCCCCCUACGCAUCACAAAGCUUCGAACGCUCUCACAGAGUUGCUGGUAUGCAGUCCAAGCCGCCGUACACGCAUCUUCAACAGGGUAACUUAGAUAAUAAUUUCAGUAAUAAUUCAUUAGUUAACCAUCCUUUACAGCAUCAAGUAGGGUCACAUCCCAUGAAUAUAGGUAAUCAGCCUCCCGGAAUAGGCAAUCCAAAUGAUAAUCAGGGUUCUAAGGCUCAAUCAAUUACCUCUAGCGCGAAUCCCCCAAACGGGGAAGCAGGUCCCUCUGUUUCUCAAAAUCAUCAUAUGAGGGGCCUGCUAUCAGUAUCAACCAGCAAUAUUUCAGCUCCAGUGCUAACCCAGAGUACACCAGCGCUUACGGCACACACGCUACCGCCGUUCAGUCAUUUGGGUGUCAACCCUUACAAUCCGAGGUCUACGGAUCCUUUGGGGCCUUCGGUUCCGGACCCCACGCACACCCCAUUAUAUUUGGGUCAGAAUUUUCAACAGACUAUAGCACCGAAUUACCCAAACGGGAUGGCCCCCCACGUUAUGGAUAUGGCUAUCAACAAUCUGCCUAUAGCCAAUCCGGCUACUUUUGGUGAACAACCAGAAGAAGUCGAAGUUAUGGAACAAGAAACGUCGACUCAGCCAGCUGGUGGACGCUUACCAAGCUUCUCUCAGCUACAAACGCAGAGCUUCAGCGUUUACGUUUCUAACUAUGUCACAACACCUAACGUGGGGGGUCAAGUUAUCGCCGACGAUUCCACCGCCGGUUACAUAAUUGUUGAUCCAGUACAGUCUCCUAUGCAAUAUAACAGUAUUGAUUUAAAUGGCCAUAACGUAGAGUAUGAAUACACAUAUUCACCUAAAGCUAUUAAAGAAACUAUGGUCACUUACAACACGGAUAAUAUUAAAUUAUAUCCUUAUGGGUAUGCUGUAGGUGGAAAAACAAUCAAAAGAGACGAUGAGACAGUGAGAGACUCAAGUGAACUUCAGAUACUGAAAAUCGAGGACAUAAUGGAUUACGCAAACAAAGAGAAUUAUCGUACUCAGAUGAAGUCUCCGGCCAGUCCUGAAAGCGCAAAAGCUGAUAACGACAGUCACGGCUCGCCAUCUAUUUCAUCAACUGUACCCAGUACACCUUUGUCUGAAAGAAAUCAGCUAAAGAAAAGUGUACCUACUACUAUUCACAAGUGUUUCGAAUGCGAUAAGUUAUUUAAUAAAGCAUGUUAUCUGACACAACACAAUAAAACUUUUCACUCGGGAGCUAAGCCAUUUAAGUGCGACCGCUGCGGUAAACGCUUUUCAGACGAUGUUUCAUACGAAGGCCACUACUUAAAACAUGCCGACAAUAAGCCAUUCAAAUGCAAUGAGUGCCCGAAAUCGUUUAACCACAAGACAGACUUACGUCGUCAUAUGUGCUUGCAUUCAGGCUGUAAGCCAUUCGCAUGUGACCACUGUGGCAAAGGCUUCAUACGUAAAGAUCACAUGAUUAAGCAUUUUGAUACACACAUGAAAAAGAGUUUACGUUCUUCAUCUUCGUCUAUCUCCUCGACAUCUCCAUCUUCUUGA